UCCCCGCGCUCCGCGUUCACAGCGAGGCUGAGGCGCCCUCGGACGGCUGGGCUGCAUUCCUCCCCAUUCAUGCCGAGACUCCCAGGCUCUCCGGUGAAAUGCUGAGCGAGUGACUGCGUCCACGGGAAAGGACGAGUCUGCAAGUUUUGGAAUUUAACCAUGGAAAGGACGCCGAACCCCGGGCUCACCGCGUUCCGGCUCUUGGCCGUGCCACUGCUGAUGUUAUAGAUGACAGCUCUACGGCAAGUGAAAAACGGGACGUCUGGUCUAUAAGUGUGUUCCCUCCCCCCGCAAAUCAUUAACGUGGUGCAGCCAAGCCGGACGAAGGAGCAGGAGGAAGAGCCCACUAUCUAACCUUGGCUGUACAGGGGCAGUGCGUGAAAAUGUGGUCUUGCACGAGACUGAUGAGCAGCUUGCUCCUCCUGCUCCUCCAGGGGCUACCACUCAUCCUGGCUGUGGCCCGCAUUACGCCCAUGCCCUUCAAGACCUUUUCCCCGCUGGACGGAGGCCUGACACACAUGGUGAUCCAUAACAAGACAGGCGAGGUGUACCUGGGUGCAGUCAACUGGAUCUUCAAGCUAUCUAGCAACCUGACGAAGCUACGUAGUCAUAUGACCGGCCCGGUGGUGGACAACGAGAAGUGUUACCCGCCACCGAGUGUGCAGUCCUGCCCGCACGAACUGGCACAGACGAUCAACGUCAACAAGCUACUGCUGGUGGAUUAUGCUCAAAACCGUCUCAUUGCCUGUGGAAGCACCUCCCAGGGGAUCUGCCAGUUCCUUAGACUGGAUGACCUCUUCAAGCUGGGUGAGCCGCACCACCGCAAGGAACACUACCUAUCCAGUGUGAAUGAGUCAGGUACCAUGUCAGGUGUCAUCAUUGAAGGGAUGGACAGCCUCAACAGCAAGCUCUUUGUUGGCACACCUAUUGAUGGCAAGUCGGAAUACUUUCCCACAUUAUCUAGCCGCAAGCUGAUGGCCAAUGAGGAGAACGCUGAUAUGUUCAGCUUUGUCUACCAGGAUGAGUUUGUCUCUUCUCAGCUGAAAAUCCCCUCUGAUACGCUGUCAAAGUUUCCAGCAUUUGACAUCUAUUACAUCUACGGAUUCAGUAGCGAGCAGUUUGUCUAUUACCUGACUUUGCAGUUGGACACGCAGCUCACCUCACCUGAUGCUAGCGGUGAGCAGUUCUUCACCUCCAAGAUUGUGCGCCUAUGUGUGGAUGACCCUAAGUUCUACUCCUAUGUGGAGUUCCCUAUUGGCUGUACCAAGGACGGUGUGGAGUACCGGCUCAUCCAGGAUGCCUACCUUACUCGGCCCGGUCGGCUGCUCGCUCGCUCUUUGGGAAUCUCUGAGAAGGAGGACAUCCUGUUCACAGUUUUCUCGCAGGGCCAAAAGAAUAGGGCCAAACCACCUAAGGAGUCAGCGCUCUGCCUCUUCACACUACGUCGAAUCAAGGAAAAGAUCAAGGAACGCAUCCAGUCAUGCUACAAGGGUGAAGGCAAGCUGUCUCUGCCAUGGCUGCUAAACAAGGAGCUAACUUGUAUUAACUCGCCCCUGCAGAUCGAUGACAAUUUCUGCGGCCAGGACUUCAACCAGCCCCUGGGUGGAACCAGCACCAUUGAGGGCUUGCCGCUGUUUGUGGACAAGGAAGACGGCAUGACCUCAGUGGCUGCCUAUGACUACAGGAGCAACACGGUGGUUUUCACCGGCACCCGCAGCGGGAGGAUGAAGAAGAUCCUGGUGAACUCUGUGAGCUCCAGCCAGCCGGCACAGCUGUACGAGGACAUGGCGGUCAGCGCGGACAGCCCCAUCCUCAGGGACCUGCUGUUCAGCCCCGACCAUCAGUACAUCUACACGCUCACCGACAAGCAGGUGAGCCGCGUGCCGGUGGAGAGCUGUGAGCAGUACAGCAGCUGUGCGGAGUGCCUGGGCUCCCGCGACCCCCACUGCGGCUGGUGUGUCCUUCACAAUGUCUGCUCCCGGAAGGACCGCUGCGAGCGGGCCGAGCAGCCGCAGCGCUUCGCCUCGGACCUGCGCCAGUGCGUACAGCUCAGUGUGCAGCCCAGGAACAUCUCCGUCACCAUGUCGGAGGUGCAGCUAGUGCUGCAGGCCCGUAACGUUCCAGACCUGUCGCUGGGAGUCAACUGCUCCUUUGAGGACUACACGGAGACAGAGGGCCGCAUUGAGGCGGGGCACAUUUACUGCCGCUCCCCCUCGGCCCGUGAUGUCAUCCCCAUCACACGUGGUCAGGGGGACAUGCGGGUUAUCAAGCUGUACCUGAAGUCCAAGGAAACGGGCAAGAAAUUUGCCAGUGUCAAUUUUGUCUUUUACAACUGCAGCGUCCACCAGUCCUGCCUUUCAUGCGUCAACGGCUCCUUCCCCUGCCACUGGUGCAAGUAUCGGCACAUGUGCACGCACAACGCCCGGGACUGCUCCUUCCAGGAAGGCCGCGUCAACACGUCUGAGGACUGCCCCCAGAUCCUGCCGUCCACGCAGAUCUACAUCCCAGUGGGGGUGAUGAAACCGAUCACGCUGCUGGCUCGCAACCUGCCGCAGCCACAGUCAGGCCAGCGCAACUACGAGUGCAUAUUCCGCGUCCAAGGCGUGUCGCACAGCGUCACAGCUCUGCGCUUCAACAGCACCAGCAUCCAGUGCCAGAAGACUGUGUAUGACUAUGAGGGCAAUGACAUCAGCGACCUGCCAGUUGACCUAUCAGUGGUGUGGAAUGGAAACUUUGCCAUCGACAAUCCAUACAACAUCCAAGCUCACCUGUACAAGUGCUACGCGCUGCGGGACAGCUGCGGCAUGUGCCUGAAGGCCGACCCACGCUUCGAGUGCGGCUGGUGCGUCCAGGAGAAGAAGUGCUCCCUGCGGCAGGAGUGCACGCCCCCGGAGAGCGCGUGGAUGCACGCCGCCGCGGGCAACAGCCGCUGUGCACACCCCAAGAUCACAAAGCUCUUCCCAGAGACUGGCCCGAGGCAGGGGGGCACCAGACUCACCAUCACUGGCGAGAACCUGGGCCUCCAGUUCCGGGACAUCCAGUCUGGUGUGCGGCUGGGCAAGGUUUUGUGCCACCCCAUCGAAGACGAGUACAUCCGGGCUGAGCAGAUUGUGUGCCAGCUGGCUGAUGCCACAGGUUACCGGGUCCACGAGGCGCCGGUGGAGGUGUGCGUGCGCGACUGCCAGCCUGAGUACCGAGCCGUCUCCCCCAGGAGCUUCACCUUCGUGACGCCGUUCUUCUCCCGUGUUCAGCCCUCCCAGGGUCCACUCUCAGGGGGCACCAGGAUCUCCAUCGAAGGGAACCACCUUAACGCCGGCAGUGCUGUGUCCAUCAACAUUGGCCUGAACACCUGCCACUUUGAGAGGAGGAACACCAAAGAGAUUGUGUGUGUUACCCCCGCCGGUCAAAGUCCUGGUGGGGCGCCAGUCAUGGUGGACAUCAACUGGGCUGAGCUGCGUAACCCAGAGGUCAAGUUCAACUACACCGAGGACCCGACCAUUCUUAAAAUUGACCCGGACUGGAGCAUCGCCAGUGGAGGCACCCUGCUGACCAUCAGCGGCACAAACCUGGCCACCAUUCGGGAGCCUAAGAUCCGUGCCAAGUUCGGUUCUGCCGAGUCUUUUCACCUCUGCAAGGUCCACAACAACACAGUGAUGGUCUGCCCGGCACCUUCUGUGGCAGCCUCGGAGAAAGGCUUUUCGGAGCUCGGAAGCCGGCCCGACGAGAUCGGCUUCUACAUGGACAACGUGCAGUCGGUGCUGGUGGUCAACGAGACCUUCAGCUACUACCCCGACCCCGUCUUUGAGCCUCUGAGCCCCACUGGUGUCCUGGAGCUCAAACCAAGCUCUCCACUCAUCCUGAAGGGUCGGAACUUGAUUCCCCCGGUGCCCGGGAACUCGCGGCUGAACUACACGGUGCUGAUCGGCGACACCCCCUGCGUCUUGACUCUGUCCGACACGCAGCUCCUCUGCGAGUGGCCCAACCUCACGGGUCAGCACAAAGUCACAAUCAGAGCGGGCGGGUUCGAGUACUCGCCGGGCACGCUGCAGAUCUACUCGGACAGCCUGCUGACUCUGCCCGCCAUCAUCGGCAUCGGCGGCGGCGGCGGCCUGCUGCUGCUGGUCAUCAUCGCCGUGCUCAUCGCCUACAAGCGCAAGUCACGCGACGCCGACCGAACGCUCAAACGCCUGCAGCUGCAGAUGGACAACCUGGAGUCCCGGGUGGCGCUGGAGUGCAAGGAAGCCUUUGCAGAGCUGCAGACCGAUAUCCACGAGCUGACCCAGGAGCUGGAUGGGGCCGGCAUCCCUUUCCUGGACUAUCGCACCUACGCCAUGCGAGUGCUCUUCCCUGGCAUCGAGGACCACCCCGUGCUCAAGGAGAUGGAGGUGCCCGCCAACGUGGAGAAGGCCCUCACCCUGUUCGGCCAGCUCCUCAACAAGAAGCACUUCCUGCUGACCUUCAUCCGCACCCUGGAGGCGCAGCGCUCCUUCUCCAUGCGCGACCGCGGCAACGUGGCCUCGCUGAUCAUGACCGCCCUGCAGGGCGAGAUGGAGUACGCCACCGGCGUCCUCAAGCAGCUGCUCUCCGACCUCAUCGACAAGAACCUGGAGAGCAAGAACCACCCCAAGCUGCUGCUGCGUCGGACUGAGUCGGUGGCUGAGAAGAUGCUGACAAACUGGUUCACUUUCCUGCUCUACAAGUUCCUGAAGGAGUGUGCCGGUGAGCCCCUCUUCAUGCUGUACUGUGCCAUGAAGCAGCAGAUGGAGAAGGGUCCGAUCGAUGCCAUCACAGGCGAGGCCCGCUACUCCCUCAGCGAGGACAAGCUCAUCCGCCAGCAAAUCGAUUACAAAACCCUGACGCUGCAUUGUGUGAAUCCAGAGAACGAGAACUCCCCGGAAGUGACGGUGAAGUGCCUCAACUGUGACACCAUCACUCAGGUGAAGGAGAAGCUGCUGGAUGCUGUGUAUAAGGGCAGCCCCUACUCUCAGAGGCCCAAAGCUGGAGACAUGGACCUGGAGUGGCGCCAAGGCAGGUUGGCCAGGAUCAUCCUUCAGGAUGAAGACGUCACCACCAAGAUUGACAAUGACUGGAAACGACUCAACUCACUGGCGCACUAUCAGGUGACGGACGGCUCCGUUAUCGCCCUGGUGCCCAAGCAGAACUCCGCUUACAACAUCUCCAACUCUUCCACCUUCAGCAAGUCCCUCAGCCGAUAUGAGAGCAUGCUCCGCACGGCCAGCAGCCCCGACAGCCUGCGCUCUCGCACGCCCAUGAUCACGCCAGACCUGGAGAGCGGCACCAAGCUGUGGCACCUGGUGAAGAACCACGAGCACGGCGACCAGCGGGAGGGUGACCGCGGCAGCAAGAUGGUGUCCGAGAUCUACCUGACCCGCCUGCUGGCCACCAAGGGGACAUUGCAGAAGUUCGUGGAUGACCUCUUCGAGACCAUCUUCAGCACGGCUCACCGCGGCAGUGCCCUACCUCUGGCCAUCAAGUACAUGUUUGAUUUCCUGGACGAGCAGGCGGACAAGCACCAGAUCUCUGACUCAGAUGUUCGCCAUACCUGGAAGAGUAACUGUCUUCCACUACGCUUCUGGGUGAACGUCAUCAAGAACCCCCAGUUUGUCUUCGACAUCCACAAGAACAGCAUCACGGACGCCUGCCUCUCCGUGGUGGCCCAGACCUUCAUGGAUUCCUGUUCUACCUCGGAGCACAAACUGGGCAAGGACUCGCCCUCCAACAAGCUGCUCUACGCCAAGGACAUCCCCAACUACAAGAACUGGGUGGAAAGGUACUACUCUGACAUCUCUCGGAUGCCGGCGAUCAGCGACCAGGACAUGAGCGCCUACCUGGCGGAGCAAUCUCGCCUCCACCUCAACCAGUUCAACAGCAUGAGCGCCCUGCACGAGAUCUACUCCUACAUCGUCAAGUACAAGGACGAGAUAUUGUCGGCGCUGCAGAAGGACGAGCAGGCACGCAGGCAGCGGCUGCGCGGAAAGCUGGAGCAAGUCGUGGACACCAUGGCUCAGGCUAGCUGAGGACAACCCUGUCCCUCUCAGAGGACCGGAGGAGGGCUGUGCCGUUCAGGGCAUGUUUAUAAGAAUAAGUAAAUAAAUAAGCCAACAAACUAAACGGAAGGACUGCAAGCACUGAAGCAGUUGCACUGGUAGACAGUACAGAGCCGGAUGGAUGAGUGCGGCCUGGUGUUAGUUUUUACCUUCCCUUACACCUCUCCAUCGCCCGUAAUGCCUAGACGCCCUUAACCCAAGAAAGAAACUGCAUCCAAACGAGUUCCAUUGCAGUUUUUUCUUCUCUCUGUUUUCCCUCGUAUUGAAUUGUGUACCACAGUUUUACGACUGGAAAGCGGCUGGUGAAAGGAAUGACUAGAGUAACUGGUGAGGAAUGACUACCCAUCAGUGUGGGGACUGAUGGGUAAUUAUGGUCACAUGACCACCUGUCAUGGAGAAGAUUCGGACCAGGCUCAGGUCACAUCAAGGACAUUUGGUUGUGACAUUUUUAAUCCACUCCACUGCCCACUCUGGACUGCUGUCACUUGUGUUACUGCUGAAUUUGCACAAUUUACAGGAACUCAAACAGAAGAAAAAAUAUAGAAAUUAUAUAUAUAAAAAUAAAUACAGUUGCAUUUUUAAAGAAAUAUGUGAAAAUAAAGUGGGGAAACUUAGUUUUUUUCUGUCUUUUUAAACAUACAGAAAUUAAAAUGACAAAAAAAGCCUUUGAUAUUUCAGUGAAAAAAAAAAUGUCCUGUGAGAUGUUUUAUUUAAAUGUCAUUUAGUGCUAAGACCUUUUGUUAGAUAAAGUGUGCUAUAAUUUAAAUGUUAACCUGCUUUGUGACUGAAAAGUCAUUUGGAGGGUAGGGGUGUAUCAAAACCUAAAACAUCAUUAGCAGGGGAAGUUUCGCCAUGUCUGUUUGCGGGGGGUGGGGGGGCGGUGCAAACACACAAAUGUAGGUUUCAGUGGUAUGUACUAUGGAAACAAGUACUGUUUAGAUUUGAUUUGCAGAUGUUCUUAUCUUAAGUGAAAUUGUGGUUUUUCGAUGUGAGAACAAAACCCUUGUUUGGGCUGUGACUCCCACGCAGGACAGCCUCUGUGCUUCGAAGGGGGGCUCGUCUCGCGGCAUAUUAGCUUGGCGAGUCAGGCCUGGGGAGACCGGGCUCGUUUGCGCUGUACAAUCCCGCUGUGACUCCCUUGUUCACAGCAGUAAUUGUUUGAUGAAGUACGUUGUAUUACUUGAAGAAAGACACCUCUUCUCCCAUUUGUUGAGCCUGGAUUCCAAGAGCCAUCCGUGGUUCUUGGCAGUGAGGACGCAGUACCUGGGAUGAAAACCCUGAAACCCUGCCCUGAAAACCGACACACAGGUCUCCUGUUGGAUUUCCAAAUCAGUCCCCUCUGUCAGAGCCAUUCCAGGGGCAGUGUCCUGUGCCCCCCCCUCUAACCCCACCCGCCACCCCGCACCAGCCUGUCUCUGCCAUCUCAACCUCUGAAUGUAUGACGCCAUCGGCAGAAUGCGAGGUGAUGUUGGGUCCCGGCAGACCUCUGCUCCUCUACUCACAGCGGAUCCUGCAGCCAGGGAGCGAGGCAGCCCAGUGGGGCCAUCAGCUGGCACUCUGAGCGACCCUAAUAAAGCAGAGCAGCAUAGAGUUUGCAGCUGAACCCAGUGUGAACCCAGUGAUCUGAAGUGGUCUUUGGCAGGGGGGGGAGGGGGGGGCGGACCAAGGCUGUUUCUCAACUUGAUAGCUAAAUAGCACCAUACGCCCCUUGUCCCAGCACAAGAAAACAGCACAGUUGACACCAUUAAGCUUUCGAUUGUUUCUUUUUGUAUUUAAUUUUCUUAUUUUAUAAUAGACGUUUCAAGUCCGACUUGUACUGAAAAUGUAAAUUGUCAUUGUUUGCUUGAACCAAACUGUGGUCUGUAAUGUAUUUGCUAUAUUUUUUCCCAUCAAAAGCGAAAUCCCUCUCCCCUUCCAGUUUAUUUAUUUAAUUUUCUUUCCUCGUGUUUUCGUUUUAGGAUAGUUUCCCUCAAGUAAGUGUUCUUGGUCGGUAGCAGUGUAUCGCUGGUUGAACAUCCAUCCGUAUUGCGUUUGUGUUCCGUUGUUAUUUUAUGAGGUUCAGGCAAAAAAAAUAAUGACUCUGAUGGAAGUUUUAAAAAGGCAACUUUGUCUUGAGUACCAAGAUGGUGAAUCGCUGCUGCUUAACCCUGCUUUUUUGGAGUAGAUGAAGGUUCUGUCUUUCCAAUUUGAUAAAUUUUCUGAAAUUCACUCCCAUGUAAGCUGUGUGAGAGGUUUCUUUAAAAACAACUCAACUUAACAGGGAGGAAUAAGUCUGGCCUGCUCAGAUGGUUAGGUCACUUUUUUUUGAGAAUUUUAUUUUUCACAAACAACUGGGAAAAAUUUGGGUUGAUUACAGGCCAACAAAACAAAUGGAUAAAGGAAGAGAAAUUAUGUGUAUUUUAGGCUGUGUGUGAUGUAUUUUUUUUAUCACAAUGGUACUUUUAGGAGUAUUUUUUGGCCAUUUGUUGUGUCUGUCUCUUCGUUGAGAUACAGGGCAUCUGUAAAGCACCUGGUCAGCUCUCUCCUCCUGCUUGUGGGGCCCCUUAGCAGGGCUGGGCCCCAGUUGCACUAAAGGGGCCACAAGCCUCGCAGCAUUUCAUUCCAGCUCAGGCUCUCAAUAGCAUAGAAUUCUCUAGUAUCCCUGGUCCAUCUUAUUUAAGUCAUUAGAUUUUUAAAGGGUACUUCUGAAUUUUGAAGGACCAGGUCAGUUUCCAGGGACUGAAACUACUUACACUUGAUGGUUGGGUCAAUCAUCUAUGAAAUUUCAGUUUCUGCUGGCCCCUUUUGUAAUGUAAGGUCUACUGCAGGACCCAGUCUGCUGGCCAUUGGCACAGCAAGAGAUUUAAAAAAGAUUCUUUAACAACAUGACUGGGCCCUUUAGAUUGUGCCAAUAAUUAGUUACAUUUGUUAUAAUAAUUAAUUAGCCAAUUCCACCAAAGGGAUACUAUCAAUCUCAUGUAACAGCUUUCCUAAUGUAUAUCUUGGUGUAUUUUGCCACUAGUUGUGAAGGAGUCUUUGGAGAUUGCAAUGGUAAAGCAGUCAGUUGAGUUCCAGCCUCAGGAUAUUUUUUUUUCCUUGUUUGAUCUUGGUUUUGCUGUUCUGUUCAAGGGGUGUAAAGGAAGGUUUUCCCUUAUGAAAUAGAGUAGUGGGUGGUUUCAUAAUUUGCAUGACUAGACUUGAGUAUUUGGGACUUAAAAUGCCUGUUUUCCUUUUUUUUUUUGCCCCUUGGUCUGUGGAGAGAAACUGCUUAUUGAGAUGGUACGUGGGCAGUCAUGUGGUGCAGAGGACUUUAGUGUCAGAUCUCACCCAGGCAGAUGGGACGAGGAGCAGGGUGGCAAUGGAGCCAGUGAUGCUGUUUUCAUGAGCACAUACAGGGGCGGAUUAACUUAUCUGGGGGGCCUAGGCUGACAUCAGCAUGGACACUCAGGUGUUGCCAAUUUAACUAGUCGAUCCAUUUUGCCCGAUGUGGGGCGGGGCCCUGAUGUUUCCCAGGGCCCUAGGCUGUAGCCUAGGAUCGCCUAUGCAUUAAUCCGCCCCUGAGCACAUAGUGCCUUGUCAGCUCCCGCCUGUCUCCCCUUUGCCAUCCCACCCUGGCAGCCCCCCAGCUUCUGUCCCCCUCGGUUCUCCCUCCUGUUCCCCGAAUCCAAAGUUCUGGUCUUUCCCGUCAUCUUGCUCACUCCACAUCUUCUAUAUCUGGAUGAGUUCAGAACUUUGCCCUUUCAACCUCUCAUAAUCUUCUUUGAAAACAUUUUGUUUUGCUCGUAUAUUGAAAAGCUGUCCUUUUUAAAGCUAAAUUGAAAUGCAUAAGAACAAAUGAUAUACACAGAUAAAUUUAAGCGGGAAAAAAAAGAGUUUUAAUACUAUAUGGAUUCCGAUACAUUUUUAAGAGUUUCAGACUUGAAGCAACUGUGACAGGUUGGCUGUUAAAUGCUCAUUGUGUAAAUAUUCUGCUAUUUCCUAUUUUGCUGGUUUAUUACUUGUAAAUAAAUGCGCAUCAAGGAGAGAUUAAAGUUUUUUUGCUAAAUA